AGAAAGAAACUAUGCGUCUCUUUAACUAGAUUAGCUCCGUGGUCGACAGUUGAGUGAUUUGUGUUAAAUUUUUGUUUCACAAUUAAAAUGACGAUUUUCUAUCAAGUUGCAGCAACGGGCGUUGUGAGCUAUCUCUGUCUAUCAAUGGGUAUCAUGUACACGUGGCCAUCAUCUACGCUUGUUCUCUUCUCUUCUGAGAACACGACACUGAACAGGCCGAUGACAGAGACAGAGAUAUCACUCCUCGGAAGCCUCUCGUCUAUCAGCGCGCUGGUCAGCACACCAUUCUCGAGUUACAUCCUCGAUACGAUAGGCAGGAAAUAUUGCUGUCUUAUAUUUUCAUUGCUUCAAGUUAUAUCAUGGCUACUCGUAUCAUUCUUUUACACCGUUGAAGUGGUUCUAACAUCUGUGGUACUAUCAGGUUUCUGUUGUUGUGCGACAUUAGCUGUACCCAUCUACGUCAAUGAAAUCUGCCAAGAUUCGAUACGAGGAAGCAUGUGUUCCGGUGCUAUGGUCUUCUAUGGCAUGGGAAUGCUGGUCUCUUACCUAAUGGGGGGUUACAUGAGUUACGAUGCUAUGAACUACGCUUGUUUGGCUAUAACUAUACUUGGCGUUGUUCUACUUUUGCUGUUAAAGGAUUCGCCUACUUAUUUAAUGAGUAAAGGACGCGAAAAGGAAGCAGCACAAGCGAUUGCAUUCUACAGAGGAACGAAUGUUAGGUCCAAAGUUGUUGAAGAGGAAUUACAGGCUUUAAGGACGUCUUUGAACCCAGUGUUGGAUGAUGAUGUUGCAACGCCAGAAGAAGAAAAAUUAAACGCAGAUCUUAAAGAAAGGCCAAAGGAGUCUGUGUGGAGUUUCCUAAAGAAGUCCCGGUCAACACGUCGUGCGUUGUUUGUGCUAAUAGUUCUGUACACGACGUCCAUCUUCCAAGGUCUAAUGGUGGUACAGGUGUACGCAGAGCCGUUGUUCGCGGAAGCCAUACCGACCAUGUCACCGACGAUUUGCAGCGUCAUCUUCGCUGUUGUUAUGGUGGUUGCCGGAUUUAUUGCCGCUUAUCUGGUUGAAACGGCUGGAAGACGGUCACUGAUGCUGUACGCGACAUUCGGCUCUGGUAUCUGCUGCAUUUUACUAGGAACACAGAUUCACUUGCACUGGGGUCCGCAUUGGUUGACUGCGUGCAUAAUAUAUUUGUACGGUGUGGUGUAUUCCUGCGGUGCUGGUACUGUGCCUUUUGUGAUGAGCGCCGAGAUAUUUCUACCGGAGAUCCGGAGUUUUGCAUCAAUGAUAUCAGUGGAAUGGUCUAUCAUAUGCGGCUUUGUCGUCUUAUUUCUCUUCAAUCCAAUAGUAACAUGGAUAGGACUGGGUCCUAUCUUCUACUUCUUUUCUGUCGUAUGCUUUAUUUCUACAAUCUUCUGUUAUUUCUGUCUACCAGAGACAAAAGGAUUGAGUGUGGAAGCUAUACAAUUAUUAUUUGCAAAACCUAAACGACGUAACAUGACGCCUUAGUUACGUUAAUUAAUAAAAUUUGUAAGCAA